UGGCCUUCUCCUCACUGACCUCUCCAAUGGCACAGUCACUCCCGGCGCCGAAGAAACCUUGAAAGGUACAUUUAGCUUCUUUGGGCUGCACCAACAGCUAUGCCUUUAGUGGGUCACUCCUGUACCAUCCUGUACCCACAAAGGCCUGGCAAACCAAGAACUUAAGCCCCCAACCCACUCCCACCCCCUCCCCCUCAAGCUAGCUUCUAAAGUAAAACCUUGAAAUGCGUUUUUUCCUUAGGGAGGAAAUUGUGAAUGGAGUUUACUCCGUAGGUAAGCCCGGAAAAGUCUUCACAUGGCCCAAAUACAAAAAAAGAAAAAGCACAAAAAAUACUGUUUAAUAGUAGCGCCAACUUGAAGAAAAGAUGAAGGAGACAGAAAUAUUGGGUGUGUCUAAAGGGAACUUCAAAAGAUUUUAGGGCUUGUCUGUCUUGUCUAAUAUUAGCUGAAAACUUCCUUUCCUUAAUGCAAGUCAACCACCGUCAUUACUUUUAUAUGUGUCUUCAAUUAUCAGAAUUUGUUUUUGACUAAAUAAAAGAAAACGAUUUUCUUACAGUAACAGAGAAGUUGGUCCAGGAAUAAGGAAGUUGGACAAGGAUGAGGAAGAUGGGUGUGUGUCUGAAAAGCAUUGUUUGGGAGGAGAAUAAAGAGGAGAGAAUAGAUGCCUCACAGGGUGAAAGUCUUUCCCAUCUUCAAAAAUAAUGAAAAAUCACCCCUACUCUUUCUUUUACCAUAUUCACAACCCUGCUUCUUACAUCAGUUCCCCCAGAUAGGUGUCUCAGUUAAGUUCACGGCCUUUAUUCAGACUUCAUCACUCUGCACCCCACUCUCAUGCUGAAACUGUUUUUAAUCAUUUUCACCAGCAAUUUCCAUGUCCCCCAAUUUAGGGCCAAUUUACAAACCUUGGCUUACCUAAAAUUGCAGUAACAGGCCCACCCCACUCAUCCUGAUGGCAAAAGUGGAAUCCUUAGUAUCAUAUUUUCUUCUCUCUUUUUCCAAGUCCCACAUUCCCUCAGUUCAGAAGUCCUAGUGAGUCUUGUAUCUCUCCAGUCUGUCCAGUCCCCACCAAGUUCAGGCCUUCAUAACCUCCCAGCUGUUCUGCCGCCAUGGCCUUCUUCUUGGUCUCCCUGCCUGUAAUCUUGACUUGCUUCCACCUAUUCUCCACACCGUAGCUCCAAGUGCCCUUUCUAAUUGGUAAACUGCACCAUUCUAUCCCCCUGGGUAAAACCAUUUGCCAGCUCUCUAUUCCCAUAUUAAUUACACGUAAGUUAUUAACAUGUGCUACUGUACAAGUCAGUUAUAUGUACUAUAAAGAAUGCAAAAGACACAAUUUUUCUUAAAAAAGACAGAAAUAUAGAUGAUAGUUCUGACCGUUUCUUCCUGUACCCCUAUAAGCUUUAUCCAGUCUGGACAUGACUAUCUAUAUGACGCCAAUCUCCAUAACAUAGUUUACAAGGUGUUCUUUCUGUAGAUCACAUCUACAUUUCCAUCCUCAACAGCCCUCUUUACUUCAUCCUUAAUAAAAAUCCUUUUUUAAAUAAUGUUUUUUAUUUAUUCAAAUUUCAUGAUGAUCUUUCUGUUUCAUGUUACUGCCUACCUCUCCUCCUCAUCACUUCUCUGUAUGCUCCAUGGAAAAAAGAAUCUGUUCUAUGUGCUGUUCUGUUGCUAGUGCUUAAUGCUAGCAACAGACAGAACAGAACACAGAAGAGAUGUUCCAAGCACACUUCCCAGCACAGAAUGGGUGCUUAAUAAAUCUGUUACAUACAUGAACAUAGUGCUUCUUUGAGGCAGCCAUGUUUUCUAUGGAGUAACUGGAAAUCAGAGAAAGCGGACCACAGAAAAAAAGGAUGAAGGUGUGCAGAAGGAAAGAGAAAGCACAGAAAGAUGGAGACAAUGUCCAGCCAUCUUUCUAGAUCAAGCCAGUGAAACAAAUCUAUGCAAGAUUAAGUAGCCGAUCCAAGAACAAACGACCACAGAUUCGGCGAGUCAAGUGUCCAUGGUUUCCGUUCUCUGCCCUUUCAUAUGUGUUUCUUACUUUUCCAGCUCUUCCUCUUCAUCUUCUCCCUCUUAUUUUACUUCACUUCCUUUUUACUUUCCUUCCCUGUCCUCUUUCCUCUCUGCUCUCUACCUCCUGAAGCCAAACAUCGGUAUUUGGUAAUCAUCUGAAACAGUAUUUUCCAAAUGACUUUAAUUUGCAUAUACAUUCAUGUGUGUAUAUUUUUGUACACAUACACACAUAUAUGUACUUGUGUAUAAAAUCUCUACUUUUUUCAUAGAAAACAAAACAGGAACCAAUAAAAACACUAAUGGGCUCUCAAUGGCACAUUCAAUUGUUAUUAAUAUGAAAUUACUUAAGUAUUUACAAACACUUAGAAUAUUAGAAUAGACUCUUUCUAUGUGCUGCUCUUGGAUAACUACAAAGCCAAACAAAAUUUAAAAUGAAAGAGUUAUCUAAAUCAGUAAAAUUCAAAUUAACCUGCAUUUAAUAUGAUAGAUAAUAUGACUCUGUCAUAGUGACAUAUGCCACCUACAAAGCUGACAGGGCAUCAGUUCCUCUCUUCAGUCCACUGUGUGCCAUGGGAUAGUUCUACCCCAGUUUAAUUAAACCACUAUGAUGGCUUUAUCUGUCUUGCUUGCUGUGUGUCUAUUGCAUCUUUUCUAGGCACAAGCACAAUCUCUGUGUGUUUUCUUUAGCCUGCAGUAUUUAAAGUUGCACCCCUUAAUUAAACAUGAAUGGAAGUCCAGAUUUAGGUCCAUGUCCCAUGGUAGGACCAAGUGUAAGGUGCUCAUCUAGAUGUCCCAGCAGUCACCCAUACUUCAUUGUCAUUGUUUUUAAAAGAUUAUCCUCUAAAUAAUGUCACAAAAUUAAAAAAUUUUAAUAAAGUUGUGAAGAUUUCAUUAAAGAAAUAUGGAUCCAGAAAAAUCAGAGGCCCAUGGGAAUGAGAGGUCCAGUGAUAGGUCCCACCAGGAAACUCAAUCCCAGUAAUGGAAAGAGUCCCCUUGUUAUGAGGAGAGAAAUGGCUAUCAAUAUGGUUCACUGAUUACAGACGAAUGAGCAGAUUGUGAAGCAACUGUGUCCUAUAACAAGCCAGGCUCAUCCUUCAGAUAAGAAGUGAAAUAAACACCCUUGGCUUCUCUGCAGGGCUGGGGACAAUGAGGGAGUUAGAGUGGGAAAGCCAGCUCCUCCUGGACUCCUGCACUCAGAGCCUUGGAGUCAGUCAAACUGGUGACUUGGAGAAAGACACUGCAGAGGAGAGAUGAGAAGAGUUGGCCUGCGGAACACCUCUCCCCACCCCACCACCCUGAGCACCUUGCUCUGCCUCUACACAAAUGAUUCUCUUAGAGGACUAUACUGUGUAAGCAAACUACUUUUUUCUUUCCUUCAUGUUUUUUAGAGACAGUGUCUUGCUUUGUCACCCAUGCUGGAGUGCAGUGGUGCAUUCAUGGCUCACUGUAGCCUUAACCUCCUGGGCUCAAGCCAUCCUCCCACUUUAGCCUCCUGAGUAGCUGGGACCACAGCUAUGAUAACUUUUUAAAUUUUUGUAGAGAUGGGGUCUCACUACAUUGCCCAGUCUUGUCUCAGACUGCUGGGCUCAAGUGAUCCUCCUACUUCAGCCUCCCAAAGUGAUGGGAUUACAGGCAUGACCCACCAUGCCUGGCCAAUGAACUACUUUUCCAGUUCCCACUUUAAAGCCAGGAGCAUUAGCAAAAAGCUGUAACUAGACCUAAUCCUGACUGCUCCAAAAGUUGUGAGAAUAGCUAAAUAGAGGUGUACUGCAUCUUCCAGUGUGGACAGUGAAUUAGACUCAGUAUUUGUUGAUAGAGUUGUGGCUACUGUCCACUAUGAAUACAGGAGGUGGGAUGGGGUGGCCAACACCAAGAACGACUCCUGAGUGAUUAAGCAGGUUCACGACGACACACGUACAUCCAUUCUCAUCAUGUACCGAGCACCUAGUACUAAAAAACUUACUGAGCAAUUACUACUAUGUGCCUGGCACUGUUGAUGUGCUUUAUAUCUGUUAAUUCACUUAAUCCUCACAAUAACCCAAUGAGGUAAUAUUAGGAUAAUUUCCUUUUACAUAUGCAGAAGCAGAGGCACAGCUAGGGCCAUGUAGCUGCCUAUUACUUGGAAAGCAUAAGCAGAAAAACUGUACGCUUGAGUUUUUAGGAAGCUUUCCCAAAAACCUAAGGUUUCUUGAGUCAUACUGGGAACUUCUGUGCUUGAACCAGGUGUGCUCUGGCAUAUGUUUCUUCAAGCACAGAUUAAUCCAGCAGAUGAGAGUUUUUGUUCUAGACAGGAUUUUAAGGGAACAAGAUAAAUAAUGCUACGGCACCACCCUAAUGUAUUCAGAACCCCUGAUAUGAGUGAAAAGUGUUACUGAUAAGAGGUAGAAAAAUUUGAAGGGAAUCAAAAUAAUGGCCUACCAAGCAGAGAAUAAAGUCAGACCACAAAUAGAAUACAAAGGCAGUCGAAGAGAUGCAGAAAGCACGAAUUGAACUGUGAGUUCCCAGAUGGAGUGCGUGGUGCUCAGUGAACAGGAAAUUGCCCAACAGUAAAGCCAUGUGAUGAACAAUCAUGGAGCAUUAAAGCCUGCCAGUAAAGCGAUGGAGAAAUUAUGAGAUGCUGUCCAGUGAAAACGGUAAGAAAUAGAACUAAAAAUGGAAGAAAAUAGACCAAAACGUUAGUAGUCACCUGUAGGUUGCGAAAUUUCAGACAAUGUAGAAAAUGUGGUGGUCUUCCAGAGUAUUUUGAGAUUUUAAAUGUGUUUUACAUUGUUGAAUCUCUCUAAACAUUGUUCAAUAUUGACUUCAUACAGGAAAUAGCAUUUCAUCCAAUGCCAUCCUUUUAAAAUUAUUGUGGAAGGGAGUCACCAAGGGUACUUGGCUGCCCCUGUCAGCCCAUGUUGGUCCCACCCACAAUGGAGCCCUUGCUGUCAUUAUAAACUGGCACAAGCUAAGAUCCAGGUCUCUGGAGGGCUCCUCCAGGGCUUAUAUAAAAAGAUUGUAAAUGCCAAAAUUUUUCUUAAAAGUAUAUAAGUUCAUUAAGUUUUAAAAAAUGUCCUGCAUAAAGGCAUACUGUGUGUGUGUGUGUGUGUGUGUGUGUGUGUGUGUGUGAUCUCACUAAGGAUAAAAAAAACUACAUAUUGGCUGGACAUGGUGGCUCACACCUGUAAUCCCAGCACUUUGGGAGGCCGAGGCAGGUGGAUCAUGAGGAGGUCAGGAGAUCAAGACCAUCCUGGCUAACACAGUGAAACCCCGUCUCUACUAAACAUACAAAAAAUGUUAGCUGGGCAUGGUGGUGGAUCCCUGUAAUCCCAGCUACUCAGGAGGCUGAGGCAGGAGAAUCACUGGAACCUGGGAGGCAGAGGUUGAAGUGAGCCGAGAUCAUACCACUGCACUCCAUCCAGCCUGGGUGACAGAGUGAGACUCUGUCUCAAACAAACUAAGUAACUAACUAACUAAGUAACUAACUAACUAACUAACUAACUAACUAACUAACUAACUAACUACAUAUUAGGUACAGUGUACACUACUUGGGUGAUGGGUACACUAAAAUCUCAGAAUUUACCACUAAACAGUUCAUCCAUAUAACCAAAAACAAUUUACACCUAAAAUGCUACUGAAAUAAUUUUUUUUCAAAAAAGAAUGUUCAAAAUAAGAUAACACACAAAGAAAAAAUAUUUUGAAAAGAGAACUUACUCCCCCACAAAGUCGCUACUUUUUAAAAGCUGCUGUGGUGAAGCCUACGUUAUCCACUCAGUUAGUGAAUUCGUCUCUAUUAUUGAGGCCUCGCCGAGAACCCAAUAAAUAUAAAAGCCAAGUUCAAACAAGCAUGUUGUAUACUUCAAAAUAGCUGGAUGAGAAAAACUGGAAUGUUCCCGAUAUGAAGAAGUGAUAAUUGUCUGAGCUGAUGAAUACCCCCAAUUAUCUCGAUUUGAUCAUUGCACUUUAUGUGCUGGCAUCAAAAUAUCACAUGUGCUCCAUAAAUGUGUACAAUUACUAUGUAUUCAUAAAAAUUAAAAAUAUUUAAAAAAUUUUUAAAUCCUACAUAUAUGUUCACAUAUUUUAAAAAUCAAAAGACACAAAGGAGUAUAUGAUGAUUCUAUUCACUAGCCAUUCAGUUCCUUUCUUAAUGUAAUAAAUGCAUCAGUUUCUUGUUUAUCCAUCUACAGUUUUUCUUGUUGCUUUUUGUUUUUUUGUUUUGCUUCGUUUUCUGUUUUUGAGACAGAGUCUCACUCAGUCUCUCUGUUGCCCAGGCUGGAGUGCAGGGUGCGAUCUCAGCUCACUGCAACCUCCACCUCCCUGGUUCAAGCAAGUCUCAUGCCUCAGCUUCCUCAGUAGCUGGGACUACAGGCAUAUACCACCAUACCUGGCUAGUUUUUGUAUUUUUAGUAGAGAUGGAGUUUCACCAUGUUGGCAAGGCUGGUCUCAAACUCCUGACCUCAGGUGAUCCACCCACCUCGGCCUCCCAAAGCACUGGGAUUACAGGUGUGAGCCACUGUGCCCAGCCCAUCUAGAGAUAUUUGAUGCCUACACAAACACGUUACAUAUAUUCCCUGUCUUCUUUGUGAAAUGCAAAAAGGAAUAUGCUAGUCACUCUUGCUUCUUACAUGUAACAGUACAUCCUGGAGAUCAUUUCACAUCACCAAAUUAAAAAUAAUUCUCCUUCUUUUCGUGGCUACUGGAUAUUCCAUUAUAUAGAUGCACCAUAGAUCAUUUAAGGUCCUACCAAUGGACAUGAGGACAGAAAACACAUAUAGCUUUGAGGAAAAACAUAGGGAAAAAAUUUCUUGUUUCUAUUAAAUUCAUUGUUGUUCUUUCCACUGCUCACUUUGGAGGCCAAGACACAGACAUCCGGUAAUGACUUGCAGUGUUUACAUUACUAAAGUUCAAACACCUUGCCAAAUAACAAGACCGAAGGACAAAGCUCAGAAGCUUUGCUGUUCAUCAAAUAAACCCUGGCAUGACAGAAAAUGCUUAUUUGGAUAAUUAUAUCAGCAUUUAGGUGUUUCUCACUUUAAAGGUUAAUGUUUAACAAGGAGAAAUGCAAAGGCAAGAAAGACUGGGGCUGGGCAUUCAGCCUGUGGGUCUUCUCUGUAUUUUACCAGAGAUAGGUGCCUCCUGCCCUCAUUUUCAGUGGGAGAUGGCCCAGCUUUGUUUAUGUAUUAUUUUAGGCUGAGCAGCCACAGAGUGGAGAAGGUCUCAUGAGAAGCCCUUCCUCACCAUGCUGAAAUCCUCUCUCCCUUGUGCUAAAGCCACUUAUUUCCACUUGUGGCUCAAGGGUGCCAGCAUGUCACUCCAAGCCAGUUAGCCCUUCUGAAUCUGUUUCUACUUGUGAAUGAUAAAAAGCAAUCUGCCCAAGCUGGGCAUGGUUGUGUGCACCUGUAGUCCUAGCUACUGGGGAGACUGAUUAGGGAGGAUCCCUAGAGCCCAGGAGUUAGAGGACACAGUGGGUUAUGAUCACACCACUGCCCUCCAGCCUGGGUGACACACUGAGACCUGACAUCAAAAAAAGAAAUAAAAAUAAAAAUUUUUAAAAAGCCUGCCCAGUUCAUCUCACAGUUCUGUUUUUAGAGCUAAUGAGCUAAUGCAUGUGAAAAUCAUAUUCUAGCAACUGCAUUCAGCAACUUCUUCAGAAAAAAGGGGCUGGGCACAGUGGCUCACAUCUGUAAUUCCUGCACUUUGGGAGGCCGAGGUGGGAGGAUAUCUUGAAGCCAGGAUAUCAAGACCAGCCUAGACAACACUGCACAUAAGUACAAAUAUGCCUUUGAAGUGUGAGGGAAACAGGGCAGGAAUCUGUUCUAAGCAGCUGGUGGAUCCCGUCUGGGCCGAGAUGAAUGAGGCUGGCAUUAACUUGGCUGGUUGUGGUGACUCACACCUGUAUUUCUAGUGCUUUGGAAGGCCAAGGUGGGAGGAUAACUUGAGGUCAGGAGUUGGAGACCAGCCUGGGAGACCUUUUCUCUAUUUUAUUUAAAUCUAUAUUUAAAAAAAGACUGACAUGAACUUGCUAUGUGACCUUAGGAAAGCCUCUGAACCCCUCUGGGCCUCAGAGGCCUUUCAGUUGCAGGAGGAUCCCAUAGGCCCAGGAGUUCAGGGCUGCAGUGAGCUGUGAUCGAACUACUGCACUCCCGCCGGGGUUACAGAACAACACCCUGUCUCUAAAACAAUAAUGAGAGAGAGACAGAGAGAGAAGAGAUGAGACCAAGGCUUAACAUCAAUGGCUUUGGCCAGGAGCUCUCCUGCAACUGAAAACUAGGAGAUGGGACCAGACCUACAAGAAGCCUGGAGGAAGCCUGGAAAGCUGCCAGGCCCAGGGCAACAGGGUGGCACUGUGCCCUGUUGAAAGACUUGAAAAGUUGGCCAGGCGCAGUGGCUCAAGCCUGUAAUCCCAGCACUUUGGGAGGCUGAGGCAGGCAGAUCACCUGAGGUCAGGAAUUCAAGACCAGCCUGGUCAACAUGGUGAAACCCCAUUUCUACAAAUCUUAGUUGGCAUGAUGGGGGCAGUGCCUGUAAUCCCAGCUACUCAGGAGGCUGAGGCAGGGGAAUCCCUUGAACUUGCAAGGCAGAGAUUGCAGUGAGCUGAGAUUGAGCCAUUGAACUGCAGCCUGGGCAACAGAGUGAGACGAAAGAAGAAAGAGAAAAGAAAAAAAGAAAGAAAGAGAGAAAGAAAGAAGAAAAGAAAGAAAAAGGAAAACUCUUGAGGUCUCACCAGGGAUUGGCACUAGAAAAAACCCAGUGCUCCUUCUGCUGUCCACCGUGGGGGUGAGAUGCCAUUCUAUAAUGAGGCAGAGCUCUUUACAAGGUUAGGGAACAUCUCUCAUGGCGACAAAGCAUGGCAAGAAGAAGCCUGAGCCUGGCAGAGAAGGGAGCAGCUUGCGGCUUUGGCAGCAGCCUUCUCUUCCCCACCCCCUCUUCUCUCUUUCUCUCUGAGACUCCUGGAGCCUUGUGACCAAGUCUCUCUCCAGGCUCCCCUACUACCCAGAGGAUCCAGGAGGAUGGAGGGCGGGACAGAGAGUGGGGGCCUCUAGCCUGGCAAGGGAAGACUCAGUUUCAGUCUUCUCAUCCAACCUGUUGUGUCCAGUGGCAGAGGGCAGCCGUCCACAUAGUCGUGACCUCCAGUGACCCAGAGAAAAUUCCCUUUAUUGGGGAGAAGUCUUUCUUCUUCUUAUAAGAGAAAAGAAUGAUCAUGUCUUAUUUAAAGCAUGCAUGUGUGUGUGUGUGUGUGUGUGUGUGUGUGUGACACAGUGUCACUGUAGGCCUUGUCCUAGAUUCUCAACAAGGCCAGUCUACACACAACCAGCAAUUCUCUAAAAACUUCCAGAGUGGUGGAGAAAGGACGAGGAGGAAGAAGGGUAGGAAGAGCUAUAUCUGAAACAAGUGAGUACUUUAUCUCAACAAGUGAGUACUUUAUCUCUUCCUCCUACCCCAGGCUCAUUUAUGCAGGAGCCACCCAGAACCUGCAUGCUAGUUAUACUCCCCUUCAUAAAGAAAAUAAGUUUCCUACGCGCAGUGAAUUUCCCAUGAGCUUACUGGAUACCCAAGGUGAAUUUCUGUAACUCUUCCGCAAACUCAUCAAAAAUAUGUAAGAUGAUAUUCUGUGGAAGUUGAUUGCUAAAAUCACAUCGAAUAAAAAGAUACCCAUAUCUAGCAGGGCACAGUGGCUCAUGCCUGUAAUCCCAACACUUUGGGAGGUCAAGGUGAGUGGAUCACUUAAGGUCAGGAGUUUGAGACCAGCCUGGCCAACAUGGUGAAACCCCAUUUCUACUAAAAAUACAAAAAUUAGCCAGGAGUGGUGGUGGGCACCUGUAAUCCUAGCUACUUGGGAGGCUGAGGCAGGAGAAUUGCUUGAACCUGGCAGGCAGAGGUUGCAGUGAAACAAGAUUGUGCCACUGCAGUACAGCCUGGGUGACAGAGCAGGACUAUGUCUCAAAAAAAAAAAAAAAAAAAAAAGACACCCAUAUAUUCACACUCACUCUCCUGUCUCCCAGCCCUCGACCUACCCACAUGUAUAUGACAAAUAGUUUCUCAAGAACCACCAGCCUAGAGAGCCACCAGAAAGCCUUUCAGCCUCUUGAAAAGAGACUUUGUAGGCUCAAUUCUAGUCUUCUCUUCAGUGGAUGGUUAUCAAUAUUUCCGAUAACGCUUUGAAGCUGGGUAAUUUGUUACUUUUGCAUGUUCUCACACUGACCCCUAGGCAUGCUUCCAUUUAGUUCCAGUCUAAGUGAGGAAGAGGAGGGUGCACACCGAUAGCUGGCUAGAUCCCUGGCCCUGACACACACACACACACACACACACACACACACCUCCCUUUGGGGUUAGAAAGAGACAUCUAAAUUCGGAAAAUCACAGCUCAGGCUCUAUCACCGGGAGCCUGGCCAUAUUUGGCUUUAAGGAUAUGCAAAUAGUGAACGACUCCUUCACUGAGAAGGCUGAGAAGCUAACACAGGAAAGAACCUGCUGAAAACCAGUCAAUCUUUGGGUUAAAAUUGUCUGAGGUUGCUGGCAGUUCAAGGUAAGGCAAUCUCUGGCCUUCUAACCUUAUAUAUCCUUUGGUCUAACUCUUUGGUCUCAAUUCAGUUAAUUACAGUGCAAUUUCUAAAACCAAGAAGCGUAUUUAAAUCACGAUAUUAAGAGGCAUGACUUGGAAUUUGAGAGGCAUCUGAAUACCCAACACAAGUCUCUGGUGAGCCAAGUGCCUGCAAAAGGAAGCGGCCCAGGAGGACGACUCUUUCACUCCUCGGUUGAGAGAAUUCGCUGGAUAGUUGGGCUUCUGAACUCUCCCAGGGUGGAAGCUGCAGCUUGGCUUUUAAUCGGAAUCGCCCAGACCUUGAAAGUGUUUCUUUGUUGCUCUCGAAAGGAGGACUUCACGUUGCAUCGCAGUCUGUGAUAAAGUCUAUCUUGGGGCAGAGUUUCGUAGGUUUUGUAUUUUUUUUUUUUUUUUUUCCAGAAAAGAAAGGUCGAGAAAGAAAAAAACAAAUCAUUCAGGGAUGGUCCCGGUGGCCACUCAGAAAGGUGAGAGACUCAGGCUUUGAAAACGAUUCACACUCUGCCCUUUAACUUCAAUGCCCUGCCUCCGGACUCUGCCGGAGCAGACGAUUCAAUUGACUCCUUUUGUAUCCAGUUUAUUGCUCAGAAUCCCUAGGGUCUCGAUCUGCUCUCAGAAGAAACGCGCCCUGCUGAGCUGCUCUUGGAGGCAGCCCCUCCCGUCUCUCCAUUCCUUUCUCCGGGCGGGGAAGGGCAGGGGAGGCUGUCGCCGAGCCGACGUCGCUGGGGACCGGCACCAGGCACCAGAGCCAGGCUCCAGGGCGGCGUCCAUAGGUGCGCUCUCAUCCCUUGUGCUGCGCCCGGAACGCCUUGGGAGUGGGCCCAGCUCAUCUUCCAAUGCCACCCGCAUAUACACUGCAAACUGUGCAGAAGCCCUUGAAAAGUCCAGAGAUGGGAUAGAAGCCCCCAACCGAACCUAGGCCAAAGCCUGCGCUCGCCUCUGAUAAGUGGGUGGCGGAAUCCACCCACCCAUCCCCUGAGGGCAGCACCCUCGGAUUGCUCAGGCUGCAGUGGAGGAGGAUGAUCGCCGCGCGACCCCCGUUCUCGCCAUCUGGGCCACCGGCGCGCACCCCUAGGAGCUUCUCUGGCAGCCUGUAGAUGCAGCGCGCACCUGCCCCAGCCUUAGGGCGGAAGGGCCGGGCGCUGCACAGCGCGCGGGGGUAGGCGGCGGGUACCACGGGACGCAGGUGCCCCUGGAGCCGCUCGCGAGGCAGGUAAGGAAGCCAGUACACAGAGGCAGCGGAGCCAGAGAAGAGCUGUGCGAGAAGCUGGGAUCGCAAAGCCCCGCCUUUUCCUCGCCCCAGGAGCUCCCAAAGGGAGCAAAGCGCCCCCCCCGCCCCCUCCCACUGCCGCUCCUCCGGGCCCCCUCACCGCCGGCACCUCGCGCUCUGAUUGGCUGGCGCGGCGAGUCCCUGGCACGCGCCUGUGGAUGUUGUUAUAAGAAUCCUCGCGUGCCGGCCCUCAGCUCCAGCAAGUCCUCCACAGCCCUCCCCAGCGCAGCGCGGGCGCCGGUCAGAGCGCAGCGGCCGCGGGCACUCCAGGGAGGCCCCGGGGCGGGCAGCCCGGCGGCCGCCUCGCUGCCCCCAGCGAGGGCCCCGGGAGGGCGGGUCUCGGACGGGCGACGCGGGCCACCGAAACUUACCAAGAAGUACCGAGCGCAGCCCGGCAGUCCAGCUGCCCACUGCUGCGGCGAGCAUGGACGCGGUGCUGCUGGAGCACUUCCCCGGGGGCCUGGACGCCUUCCCGUCUCCCUACUUCGACGAGGAUGACUUCUUCACCGACCAGUCUUCCCGGGACCCUCUGGAGGACGGCGAUGAGCUGCUGGCUGAUGAGCAGGCCGAGGUGGAGUUCCUUAGCCACCAGCUGCACGAGUACUGCUACCGCGACGGGGCGUGCCUGCUGCUGCAGCCCGCGCCCCCGGCCGCCCCGCUCGCGCUCGCCCCGCAGCCCUCGGGGGGCCCCGGUGAGCCAGAGGAUGGCUGCGGAGGCGGCGGCGGCUACUGCUGCGAGGCGGGGGCGCCCCCCGGCGGCUUCCCCUACUCGCCCGGCUCGCCGCCCUCGUGCCUGGCACACUCAUGCGCUGGGGCGGCCGUCUUUACGUCCCCCGGGGCGCGGCUGCGCGGCCUGAGCGGAGCGGCCGCGGCCGCGGCGGCGCGGCGGCGGCGGCGGGUGCGCUCCGAAGCGGAGCUGCAGCAGCUGCGCCAGGCGGCCAACGUGCGCGAGCGGCGGCGUAUGCAGUCUAUCAACGACGCCUUCGAGGGGCUGCGCUCGCACAUCCCCACGCUGCCCUAUGAGAAACGCCUCUCCAAGGUGGACACGCUGCGCCUGGCCAUCGGCUACAUCAACUUCCUCAGCGAACUCGUGCAGGCCGACCUGCCCUUGCGCGGCGGUGGCGCGGGCGGCUGCGGGGGCCCGGGUGGCAGCGGGCGCCUGGGCGGGGACAGCCCGGGCAGCCAGGCCCCGAAGGUCAUCAUUUGCCAUAGGGGCACCCGGUCCCCCUCCCCCAGUGACCCGGAUUAUGGCCUCCCUCCGCUAGCAGGACACUCUCUCUCUUGGACUGAUGAAAAACAACUCAAGGAACAAAAUAUUAUCCGAACAGCCAAAGUCUGGACCCCAGAGGACCCCAGAAAACUCAACAGCAAAUCUUCCUUCAACAACAUAGAAAACGAACCACCAUUUGAGUUUGUGUCCUGAGAAGUCCCAGACUCGGCUGAGGAUCUGAUUAUGUCUCUGUGCAUAUUGUACAUGUAAAUAUCUAUCAUGUAAAUGUAAUUUAAGAAUCAAAUUUUUCUAAUGGCAAUCAACUGUUAUUUAUCUAUUUAUUCUGUUGAGUUGAUGAAAUCAAUUUCUUUUUAAAUAUAUAAUUUAUAUAAUUUAUCCUGAUUUUCUAAAAAUAUGCAAUAGCCUAUGAUUUUCCUGAACUCUGUGUUGCUGGGAGAACUCUGGCCAGAAAACGUCAUGCUUAUUUAUUGCCAGAUAUGGUUUAUCUCUAAGCGUUGUCAAUAAAUGCUAUU